AUGUCAAUGCCAUGCACAUUUGGUGCACCAACCAGUAGAACUCUUGUAUUCGGUGUUGUCCCCAUGGCUAUUCAUGAAAUGGGAGAUGGACAUAGUUGGUCCUCUGCCACCGGGCCCCGUAAAGGUGUGCUUUGGGCAUACUGGACAACGACGAAGUCGAGCAAGGGAGAAACACCUUUCUCUCUCGUGUAUGGCACGAAAGCUCUGAUACCGAUGGAAGUAGGGGAACCAACUUUAACGUUUUCCCGAACAAAUGAAAAGGCAAACAAUGAACCAUUGCUGGUGAGGCUGGACUUGCUAGAUGAACACAGGGACUUGACAUACGUGAGGAUGGUGGCUCAAAAGCAAAGAAUGAAGAGAUAUUAUAAUCGCAGGGCCAAUCUCUGCUACUUCAAAUUAGGAGACUUGGUUUUGAGAAAGGUGACUCAGAGCACUUAG